CCCACUUCCCAUUCCUCACCAUGAGAUAAGACCUCCCUGAUUCAGCCUCCGCUUUCCCCACCGCAGCCCACUUCCCUCGCCAAUCUUCUAUCCUAACUGCCUUUAUUGCUAUCGUUUCUGUAUAUUCAAUUGUCAUAAAACCAUCUCCACUAUUCCAAUACACCCUCCUCCGCAACCAUAUCCUCCUCAACCCCCUUCCCUUCUCCAAAUCCCCUGUACAUAUUAAGCCGAACCCAGGAAAAAAGAUCAAUCAGAUCUCAAUAAUUUCAAGGGAUAUAUCCCUGUUAUCUUGUAGUGUAUGUUAAUUAGGGGACAGAGUUAGAGAUUCUGCUUUCCAUAUUUUCAGAUUUAGUUGUAGAAGGAAAUACAAAGAGUUGUGGCUAUGUUUAACACGCCAUUCGUCCUCUCAUUUGCUCUCCUCCUUUCUUUUCCUCUCCUCUUCCUCCUCGCCCCUCGCAUUCUUCCUCCCAAACACGUUCAAAUCUCCCUCCCCGACGAGCUCGACGACCUCGCUCUCUUCCGCCGCGCCUCUCUCGCCUCCUUGCACCUCGCCAACGACAACCACCACUAUCCUCGCCUUCCCCGCCACCACAUCCGCCUUGGCUCCACCAACCCGUCCUUAGCCAAGCCCAAGAUCGCCUUCCUUUUCCUCACCAACUCCGACCUCCAUUUCGCCCCUCUCUGGGAGAAAUUCUUUGCCAACCACUCCUCCAACCUCUACAAUAUCUACAUCCACGCCGAUCCAUCCGUGAAAAUAAAUCCUCCCGGAGGCGUCUUCGAAGGCCGAUUCAUCCCCGCUAAGAAAACCGAACGCGCUUCCCCCACCCUCAUCGCCGCCGCCCGUCGCCUCCUCGCCACCGCCCUCCUCGACGACCCUUUGAACUUCUACUUCGCCUUAAUCUCCCAGCAUUGCAUCCCGCUCCACUCCUUCGACUUUGUGUACCACUCGCUCCUCACCAAGCCACUCUCCGAGUCAUCUCGGUCAUCCGAAUCGGCACCGACUCUGUCCCUCAUCUACCGCAGUUAUAUCGAGAUAUUAUCGGACGAGCCGCAGUUAUGGGACAGGUACGUCGCCAGAGGGGAAGACGUGAUGCAUCCGGAAGUGCCUUUUGAUCGGUUCCGGAUCGGGUCUCAGUUCUUUAUCUUGAACCGGGAACAUGCAUUGUUGGUUAUCAGGGAGAGGAGGUUAUGGAGAAAGUUUAGGUUGCCUUGCUUGAAUAUACAUUCUUGCUACCCGGAGGAGCAUUACUUUCCGACCCUUUUGUCCAUGGAGGAUCCGGAUGGGGCCACACAUUAUACUCUUACUCGGGUCAACUGGACCGGGAGUACGGAUGGGCACCCGCAUACCUACCGACCCGUUGAGGUGUCACCGCAGCUUAUUCAGGAGCUCCGGGUUUCAAAUUCUACUUAUUCGUUUAUGUUUGCGAGGAAAUUUUCUCCGGAUUGCUUGAAACCAUUGUUGGACAUGGCGGAGAAGGUCAUCUUUCGUGACUAGUUCCAGUCGGGUGGCAAGUGGUGGAGUAUUUUUUUUUUUUUUUUUUUUCUGUGUUGGGGAAAUGUAAAAAUAAACACCGAGUGCCGACCAAAGACCUAAUCCAGACAAGGCGUCCGGAUUGGAUUGGGGGAGUUGGUUUCUGGUGUGGCUGUACAGAUGUGGUGGAAUGGAAUGCUUUCUAGUGCAAUGUACUCGGUAGUAAAGAGUUUCCCACGCUGGGCUGGGGAAGAGAGUAUGGAAUGUGCUCAUUAGGGAGCGGCUUUCUGAGCUUAGAGUGGAGUUAAAAAAGUAAAAGGAUAAAAAGGGCAAAAAGUGGCAAAGGGCUCAUUGCUUCUUUUUUCCUUUGUUGUAUGAAAAAUGUUUUGAGAGAGAGGGAAAAAAAAAAAAAAAAAAAACCUCCCAUUUGCUCUGCCGCAUUUUGUUUUUGCUUUUGUAGUUUAAACUACUGUUCUUGCUUCUUGUUCUGAGUAGGGCAACGGUGGUGCGUGUGUUGUGCCAAUGCAUCAAUUUUCUUCACUUUAUAUGUAGUUAGUCGGCGAUUGGGGGAUGCAAAAGUUCUGUCUUCUUGCUGUCUUUCUUUAUGUUCUCCGUUGCUUGUAAAUUCACAGUUUAAGAAUCAUAAUUAUAGGGGUGGACAUCAGGCUUAUCAAUUCCUCGUCAACAUUUCUUUUGAGAUGCUUGUUGGCAAGGGGACAAACAAAUGACUAGUGUGUGAGAGUGAGAGAGAAUAUGACUUAAUUUAAUUUCUAAAACAGGUCAUCCCAUCCCAAGAUGUGGCUUGAUAAGUAAGUAAGUAGUAUUUAAUUUUGUUAACAAUUCUUGUUGGCAUUGGACUCUGCCAGCCAAUAGGGGUCGGGGAAUAAAUAUAGAAAAGACACUUUAGAAAUUAAAAUUACUAAACUAUCAAAUUAAGAGUGCUUAUUUUCUUCCUCCCAUGUUUUGUCUUCUCCUUCUCGUACUUGCAUUUAUAGCUAAAUAAACGAUGAACCAAAACAAUAUAGUCUGUGCUAAGGAAAGACAAACCAUUUUUAUUUUCUGCCUCUUGAUUGGUCAUUUGUUUUAGUUGAAGAAACGAACAUUGCCACAGGGAACAAAAGAACAUCCACGUGUGGGAUUGAGGUCCAUGCAAUAUUGUGUUUGGAUUGACUCCGGCACAACCAUUUUUGUGACAAAGAAAAAAAGAAAAGAAAAGGAAAGAAAAAGUAAACAAUCGACAGCUGGCGUUUCAAUGUACCUUUCAUAUUCCAGACUGCGCCUCCAUGUUCUUGUGGGCCGGAUCUUUAUAAGGCCACCUUCAAUCCAUUACUCUCUGGAAAUCCAAUAAGCCCACUCUGGAAUAUUAUUGUUAACUUUAACAGCUUAAUGCACCCAAUGCUGAUCAUCCUGCAUUAGUCUAAUUGAUGUCAUACCGAACGCAACAAAUCUAAUAUCAACUUCAAUGAACUCGAAAAUGAAAUUGAUUGAAGGCUACUCAUCAGUUGCAAGACAGGAAAAAAA